AUGAAGCUUCUGAUUGUCUUUGCAGCUUUGCUUUCAAUCGCCCACUGUUUUACCAAGGUGUACCUUCAGAAAGGGAAAUCUAUCCGAGAGCGUCUAGAGGAAGAAGGAUUGCUGCAGGAAUUCCUGCACGAAAACCCCAUCAUUCCCAUCAGCAAAUACGGCACCAUUCCCUCCGGCAGCAAUGAGAUGCUCAUCAGCAACUUUGACUCAAUGUACUAUGGAAUAAUCAGCAUUGGGACUCCACCUCAAAGCUUCAAGGUGCUCUUUGAUACAGGCUCCUCAAACUUCUGGCUUCCCUCCAUAAACUGCCAGAGUCCUGCCUGCAGAAACCACCCCACCUUUGCUCCAAAUGCAUCCUCUACCUUCCGGGCGACCGACAGGGUGUUCUACAUUGUGUAUAGUUCAGGCAGCAUGAAUGGCAUUCUAGGCUAUGACACUGUAAAGGUGGCUGACAUUGUAGUGCCUAAGCAGGAGUUUGGGCUGAGUGUAUCAGAACCCGGAAAUGCAUUUUAUUACGCACCCUUCGAUGGGAUCGUUGGCUUGGCUUACCCCUCCAUUGCUUCGGCUGAAGCUACCCCCCUCUUUGACAAUAUGAUGAGCCAACACCUGGUGUCCCAGGACCUCUUCUCCUUCUAUCUAAACAGAAUCCCCUCUACCGGCCCCCAGGCUGUACUGACCUUCGGUGGGGUUGACCCUUCCUAUUACACUGGAGCGAUCCAAUGGGUUCCCGUCACCAGCCAAAGCUACUGGCAGGUCAAUCUGGACAGUGUGAAGAUCAAUGGGCAAGUUGUUGCCUGCAGCUCUGGCUGCGAGGCUAUCUUCGAUACUGGAACCUCUCCUGUGUGUGGUAGCAGUGAUGCGAUCAGCAGCAUUCUGAAACUGGCCGGGCUUUCACUGCAAUCCAAUGGAAUGUAUGCUGCCAGCUGUGAUAGCCUAGAUAAGAUGCCUGACGUGGUCUUCACCAUCAAUGGAUUGGACUUUCCUAUGCCUUCGUAUGCUUACACGAUGCCGUCCCUGACAUCUUCUGUGCAAAGGCUGGGGGAGCUGAACCUUUACAUGUGGUGGUAG